AUGGCUGUGACUCAUAUUGUCCUGUUCAAAUUCAAAUCCGCUGUACCUUCCGAUGUGAUCAGUGAUUUGUGUGCCCAAGUUAUCCUACUCAAGGACAAUUGCCUUAACCCAUCGACCAACAAGCCCUAUAUAAAAUCAUUUGUGGGUGGCCAGGAUCACUCUCCAGAGGGACUACAAGAUGGAAUGACCCAUGGAUUUGUCGCGGUAUUUGAAACUCUACAGGACCGCGACUACUAUGUCUCUACAGAUCCUGUACACUUAGCGCUUGGGAAGAAGCUGGGCGAGGUUCUAGAAAAAGUGCAAGUGAUUGACUUUACUAGUAGUGAUUGA